AUGCUCACUCUCUCAUUGACCGCUGAACUAGAAGGUGUCACUGGCCUGAAGCCCACUGAUACCGAGGAGAACCCUUAUUACUUCACGUUCAAGGUGCAAUGCACCGGGUGCCGUGAGACGCACCCGAAAUGGGUCACCUUCAACCGUUUCGAGAAAUUGGAAAUCCCCGGUAGUCGGGGUGAAGCCAACUUUGUCUGGAAGUGUCGUUUGUGCUCGAAAGCGCACUCUGCCUCCAUCACGGCUGGACCGCAUGCGUAUGAGGCCGAGGAGAAGAAGAAAAAGGGCCGCACGAUCAUCGAAUUGGACUGUCGUGGCCUAGAAUUUGUUGAGUUCAAAGCCGACGUAAGACCUCCCGCGCUGGCAUUUUGUUCACAAUGCGAGUACUCGUCCCCUAUCCCGGUGGCUGACUGGCUUUUGCUUUUCUUUUUCCAGGGCGAAUGGGAGGCUCAAGGUGCCGAGUCUUCAACUUCUUUCACUGGUAUCGACCUCUCGGAAGGUGAGUGGUACGACUACGAUGAGAAGACCAGUGAGGAAGUGAGCAUCAAGGAGGUCAAGUGGAGCAUUGAACGGGCAUAG